AUGGCGCCCCAGUCCACCUCCGCAUCCUUACAGACACAGACGUUCCUCCACGUCCCGCGCGACGGCUCCGGGUCACAUUCGUCCAGCAACCGGGAGUCAACGUCAACGUCAACGUCAACAUCCACGUCCGAGAAGGGUCGCCGUUACCUUUCCCCCCUGAAGCCACGCUACCUCGAGAGGUACUAUGCGCGUCAAAACGUGACGAGUCGCAGACCGCUAGCUAUGGCCCAGCUCAACAUGGAGCUCGACCCACUAUGGCAGGAUCUCGAUUGGGCCAUUGGCCAAAUGCUGAUCAUGGGUUGGGACGGCACCGAAGUGACGCCCCAGAUCCGCUCUCUCAUUGAGGACCACCAUCUUGGGACCAUUAUCUUGACCGCCAAGAACCUGAAAUCUGCUCAAGGAACGGCCAAGUUGGUCAAGGAGCUUCAGACCAUCGCUCACAAGGCCGGUCAUCCCAAGCCGCUGCUUAUCGCCCUAGACCAAGAGAAUGGGGGUGUCAACAGUCUCUUCGAUGAGGACUACGUAUGCCAGUUUCCCAGCGCUAUGGGUGUAGCAGCCACGGGACGGGUCGAACUGGCCUAUGAAGUGUCCAAAGCUACCGCGACCGAAGUCGGGGCGUGUGGCAUUAACUUCAUGCUCGGUCCUGUUCUGGAUGUGCUCUCCAACGCCAGAUACCAACCUGUUGGGGUCCGCGCCACUGGAGACGACCCCCAAGAGGUCUCUCAAUACGGCAUCGCUGCCAUCAAUGGCAUUCGCGAUGCCGGUCUUGCUUGUUGCGGGAAGCACUUUCCGUCGUAUGGAAACUUGGACUUCCUGGGGUCGAGUCUGGAUGUCCCAAUAAUCACCCAGACGCUGGAAGAGCUGAGCCUGAGCGCGCUAGUACCGUUCCGCAAUGCCAUCGCCACUGGAAAGCUUGAUGCCAUGUUCGUAGGAGGAUGCGCCAUCUCGAACCCUUCCAUGAACGUGUCUCAUGCGUGCCUAUCCAAUCAGGUCGUAGAUGAUCUUCUCCGAGAAGAGCUGGGGUUUGACGGUGUUGCCAUCUCGGAGUGUCUCGAAAUGGAGUCACUUACCCAUGAGCUCGGGGUGCAAAAUGGGGUCGUCAUGGCCGUCGAGGCCGGAUGUGAUCUGGUCCUACUAUGCCGAGCAUACGAUGUACAACUGGAAGCCAUCAAAGGCCUCAAACUAGGUGUUGAGAACGGCAUCUUCACCGAAGAACGGAUCUACACUUCGUUGAAGCGGGUACUACGAUUGAAGGACACGUGCACUUCGUGGCAGACAGCCCUCAACCCACCUGGGAUAUCUCUCCUGUCUAAGCUACACCCAUCUCACAUGGCCCUGUCCAGGAAAGCUUACGACGACUCGAUAACAGUCAUCAGAGACAAGGAGAAUCUCCUCCCCUUGUCGGAAUCGAUGCAUAAGGAUGAAGAGUUGCUGCUUCUCACGCCGCUAGUCAAGCCAUUGCCGGCUUCAAGCUUGACAAAGAGCAUUCUUCAGGCCAAGGAUGCUCAGGGGCUAGCGCCGACCCCUCACGACAAAUGGCUUCACCGAGAGAAGGGGGCCAUAAUGAGUGGAGAAGGCGUGUUCCGCGAGUUUGGGCGCUCUUUGGCACGAUCUCGUCAUGGAAAGCUCCUCCAUACGAGUUACACGGCAAAUGGAGUCAGACCAGUCCACGAGAACCUCAUUCACAGAGCGUCCUGCAUCAUCAUUGUCACAGCGGACGCCAACAGGAACUUGUACCAAGCCGGCUUCACGAAGCACGUGGAGAUGAUGUGUUCCAUGUUACGAACGCGCGGCCAGAAGAAGUCCGUCAUCGUCGUAGCCGUUAGCUCCCCGUACGACUUUGCCAUGGACAAGUCGAUCGGUACCUACAUCUGUACUUUCGACUUUACAGAGACUGCGUUGCAUGCUUUGGUACGAGCUCUUUGCGGAUACAUUACGCCAAAGGGAACCCUUCCAGGGACGUUGCGAAAGAGCAAAAAGGUACUGAAGUCGCGUCAACACUGGAUUGUGGAAGAAUAUGACCGCCGCCGUGACAGCCAUGGGCUCGAAGACCUUACCAAAGCCGUUGCCCGGGCCAACACAGUGGAUUUGGGCCACUUGGAGUCGAUGUCGGCCGCGAGCUUCGAGUUGUUCAACCAAAACAUUGAAGAGGCACACUUUGUCGUCAGAAACAGCAGCACGCACGCAUUGUACGGAUUUGCCGCGACGUACUUGGUAGACGGGAUCGGUAUUCUGGGAGCUAUCUUCGUUGACCCUUCCAAGCGUAAUGUCUCAGUAGGACGCUCCCUUCACCGACGAGCCUUGCGCUAUCUCACCGGUAAGCGGGGCGUCAAGAAGAUACAACUCGGGACCUCGUUCCCAGGCGUGUUUCUGGGCGUCCCUAUUGACGAGGGCGGCGUCAAGUGUUGGUUUGCCAACAACGGCUGGGAUGUUCAAUUCCCCAAACGGCUAACAAACCUGAUCAUCAACGACCUGAGUGGCUGGAGCAUUCCCGAGGGUCUGCUACAGAGCAUUCAGCGAGCCAACCUUAGUUUUGACCUGAUACAUGGCCUAAAUAAUGCGGAAAGUGUCCUUGGCCACGUUGGCAGCUGCGCAAAUCCCGAGGUCUUGGAGCUGUACAAGUGUGCUCUGCAGGAAACCAAAGCUUGUGGCAUAGUGCGGGCAAAGGGACCGGGCGACGCGUUGAUUGGGACCAUCAUCAUCUGUAGACCAGGCAGCCCGCUGUCAACUUUUAUCCCCCCACUACUCUCGAACGGGAACGAGGGAGUCGGGGGCGUGCUUGCGCCGGUCGUACAUCCGGGAUCCCAGGAUACUUUGGUCCUCCAGGGCUUAACUUUGAUGGGCGUGCGGCAAAACAAGGCGCACAAAUCGGCCAAGACUGUGCUCAGCUGGGCAUACGAAGAGCUUACGACCACGCCAGACAACUGGACUGAUAUGAACUAG